AACAAACAAAACUCAGCCUCAUCGAACACACACGCUGUACAUUAAGACAAAGUUCCGCGGAUUCUUGUCCUUAAAUCGACACUUGGUUUGGUUUAAGGAAUAAACUGGGCUUUAUGCAAAUCAGUUGCCUAGUGUCGAGUUACACCAUUAACCAUUCCCCGCUAGCAGACAGCACAGAUCGGUUGAUGAGCACAGAUCUUUCCGGUAGUUCACGCGCAGCCGCGGUUGAUCUCUAUGGGUGAAAUGAAAAGUAUAGGAAGAGAGCGUCGAGAAGAGAAAGAUGGUGGCGAAGAUGGCGAGCUAUGAAGCCGUGUGCCACCUAGAAAAAAGAAAGGACGAUGUUCCUGCAGCUAAAAACAAAGAUAAUCUGGGUGAAAGUGACAGCAGUUCUGAAAACACAGGAACAUCCACAGAGGAGAGCGCCAAUGAUAAGGAUGAAGAGACUGAAGUUCAUGCUGAGAAGAAUGAAGAAGAUGAUGGUAAUGAAGAAGAAGAUGCAGACGAAGCCCAGGAUGAAGAGUUUAAAAUCGAAGAUGUACAAUUCAAACAGUUCUGUGAAAAAUGCAAAGACAUCACUCAGAGCCAUGACUAUGAGCUGGUUACACCCAGGAGAAUCUCCAAAGGACAAUUACAGGUGCAGCUGGACGCAGAAGGAAGUUAUAAAUGUUCAGUAACUGGCCUGGUGUUUGAAGCAUCAGAGCGAGUUCUAGUGCGGUACUCGGUCUUGUCCUGGUCCAAGUUCGGUGCGUUCCUCCCGGCCUCCUGGAAGUCUGCGGGGCCCAUCUUUAACGUGGACACGGUGGAUAAAGAAGCAUCUGUCCUCAAGUCCAUCGAGUUCCCACACGCUGUCUGUCUCCCUGACCCAAAGAAUGACACGAACUUCGGCGUCCUUCACGUCAAAAACAACCAACCGCUUAUUGAGCCAACAGUCAACCACUCAGGGAGUCAUGUUAAAUGGAAUGUGACCUCUUUGUCACCGGUGGGUCCCAUCAUCCAGACCAACCAGUCUGUGGAACACCAUGGAGUGGUCAUGGUCUACAAACAGCUGGGUAGUGACAACAGCAACAGCUUCCACAUCUACCCGGCCACCAACAGCUCGUCUGACAUCAAUGAUGUAAGCAGACAAGUGCGAUGCUACAAGAACCGUUACAUCCGCAUAGAGAAGCCUCCCACUUGUAAACUGGAGGAGGGGACAUACAGUCUCCUGUGUGAACCAGAGGGAGACAUUAAACCUCAGGAGUUAAAGUUCACUCGCGACGUGACAAAGAUGAAAGGUUACUUUGAAGUGUUCAUCGAGCAGCCUCCUCCGUAUAAACUGUGUCUCAUAAAGACUGACACUGAGGAGACGGUGUGGUCUGCCACUAUCAGAGAAGGAGACUGUGUUGAUACCACAAAGAAGAAGCCCAGGAAAAGGACAGGGACCUGCAAGCGCAGCAGAAGUCCUUCAGAAAAUAAGACUGUUUACAAACGGCCUCGAUGCCAGAAUGGAUCAGAUGGACUUAAAAAUGUGGUGACUCAGGGCCAGGACAUGUCGGAGAAGCAGCUGCUACAGGUGGCUCGGCAGCUUGGCAAAGAGUGGAAACAGGUGGCCAUUUAUCUGGGACUGGUCUCUAAGGACCUGGAUGACAUUCAGGCGGCGGAGAAGGACGUGACCAUGCAGAAGCUGAAGAUGCUGGUGGAGUGGAAGAGCCGACAGAUGCCAGGAAGAGCCACGGCGUUCCACCUGUGGAAAAGUCUGGAGGACUUGGAUGAGCUGCCGAACGAAGUCCAACAUACUUUACAAGUGGAAGGAACAUAUUUGUAGUCUUGAUCAGGAUUAUAUUCAGCACAUAAAUCACAGACAGUAGAUUAGUGGUGUUCCUGCAAUGCCACAUUUGGCCACUAGAUGGCCACAGCAUUGCCAUAUGCAUCCCUUCCUGCCCGUUCAAUCUUGCUCAGGCUUGUGAUUAGAGCUAGUUUCAGCAGUGACUGGGUGUAGGUGAGUGUAACCCAUGUCCAUCACAGGGUCAGACUACCUUUGACACCCACACCUACUGUCAAUUUAGAGUGAAUUCACCUAAUCCUGUGGGGAAAGAACUGGAACACCUAAAGCCCCCUCCUAACCCCUCAUUCUCCAACCCCCAAUCCCACACAUGGGGAGGCUGUGACAACUUUGGUGACCUUGCUGUGAGGCAUGUUCAACAACCACCCAGUGAGUCCCUGCAUUUCCAUGUCAUCCAAAAAAGUCUAAAAAACGGAACUAAAACUAAUCCUUGACACCCCCCCAUCCUCCCCAAACAGCCCUCAUCACUGGGUCAAACACUCAUCAGACAGACAAGUGAAGCAGUCAGAUUGCAGUGCUCUGUCAGCUGAUAAUGAUGAGGAGACAACAGAGACUCUUUACCUCUGGACCAACAGCCUGCUCCUAUGUUGUUCUUCUCCUGAAUCAUAUCUGGACAUGACUCUGAGACCAGUCUGUAGACCGGUCAUCAUUGGACCACCGACCCCUCUGUCCAUCUGAUGAUGUCAUCUGAACGUCCUGACUGCUCCAAUACUGUGUCUCAUUCAUCCACUCUUCAUUUCUUUUUGUCCAGUAACAUUUAAGAAAAAAUGAUUGAGCUCCUUUUUUGCUGUUCUCACUUUUUUUGGAACUACAUCAACCACAAGACAUUUGUCUUGGAGCAAGACUUUACUCUAGCAGUCCUCGGAUUACAAGCCAUAUCAUCCAAGUGUGGUACACGCUACAAGUUUCUUUUUUGCAAGAUUUUACCCAUGAUUUUUGCUCAGCAUGGUCCAAACGUGUCUUGGUGUGUGAGUAAAAUGGACCAGACCUCAUCACACAUCUGAAUCUGGACACUGUCAGGUAGAGUGAACCGAUGAUUGAGCCAACAUCUGUCGACAGCAGCCAAUGGAAAAGAGAGGCUGGAGGUACUGUACACUGGAAGUACAGUACAGUGGACGACAGGAAGUAGAGAAACUAUCAGAAUGAGGAUGGAGAAGAGAGUGGCACAGUGGAAACAAAGUGAAGCUGGAGGUCAAAGGUCAGUUUGAAUUCUUCACUUGUCUUCAGGUGCUUUGACCAAUCCUGUAGUCUGUGAUUAGACCACAACCAGCUCAACCACUGACUAAAGACUUUCUUUUAUAUUUUCAAACCUUUCCAUCAUGUAGCGAGUAGUAGAUAAGCUGUCCUUGAACACAUCGUUGUGUAGCCUGGAUUCAUCAGGGAUUUUUCAGAACAGAAGACUUUUUGACCACUAGUGGUCAUUAACACUUCAUGCAGCUAAUGCAGCUAGUAAUUGAACUAAAUGGUGCUGCAGUGUUGAUGCUGCAAACGUCUGUGAGUCCAUCCUGUAGUUUUUUUGUUUGUUUGUAUAAAACAAAGAAUUAUGUCGUGCAGGUUACUGUCCAAAGAAGGGCUGAAUUACUGAACAAUUGAAUGUAGAUUUAUGUAUUUAAUGUUCUGUACAUAUGUUUUUUUUACCUGAAUCUUUUUUUAGUUAAGUCUGUGAUUUUUUUUUUUUUACUCUUCUUUGUCUUUUAUUUUUCCUUUGAACAAUCUGUUCCAGGUUUUUUUUUAAGUCUGUAAAAUUCAUCCAGGCAACAUAACUGCUGACAGCUAUCACAGCUGGUAAUUUCACAAACAAAAACUUGUUAGAAUUGUACUGUUAGUUGGUAAACAUGGUCCAAAUGUUAACAGAGUAAUGUUAACAGAUGUAGUUACAGAAAUUAUUUACAGUCUUCUGAUCAUGAAUGUUUGUCUAAAUUAUUUAAUUAUAAACCACUAAUUCAGGCAUUAUUAUAUCAGGAAUGUGUCUUUUCCAAACUUUUUUUUUUUUUUUCAAAUAAAGAAAAAAAACCCAACUUUGACUGAAAAA